AUGUGUACGAUUUUCCAAUGCAAACAAAACAUUUCACUUGCGUACGCAAAAUCACUAUCAAUCAGCAUGACUACAGUUUUCGAUGAGAUACCUGAGAGCAUUUUAAUCAAAAUUUUGGAAAAGCUGGAAUUAAUUGACAGGUUAGUCAUUCGAAAGACGUCGAAGAAAUUCCGGACAACAGUGGACAAUCUUAUAAACAUUAAAAUAAUACGCAUAACAGUGAAGAACAAUUUUUCGCGAAUUUCAUUGGAUAAUUACGAAUUUGAGUACGACAAUGUUGGUGAUCACUGCAUUGUUGCCUAUGGGAAUAUCUCAAGAAAUAUCAAUGGAGUAGAUCAUAAGAAUUUUGCUUUCGGUGAUUUGAAUAUGAUUUUGAAUAUGUCAAAGCUGGAAUUAAAGGAGCUUCAGAUAAUAAUAAUUUGUGGGCUUCUGGGAGAGCGUGAAAGCUUCAUGGAUAUUUUCGAAAAUCUUGAUUCUAUUCAUUCUCGAAAAUGCACUAUUGAAGGAUUUAAUUCUCUGGAAAUAUCACGAAUACUUUCAUUUUUCAAAGCUGGGGUGCUUGAAGAAAUCGAUUUAUGUUCGUUAAAUUCAAUAUGCAAAAAUAAGGAAAUUAUUGAACUUGAGCAAUGGAAAAAAGCAUUGAAGUUGGUAUCCAGAAGCCAUGUGAUUCAGGUCGAGAAUCUUUUAAGCUUCAAAGAGUUUGAGGUCUAUGAGACAGCCAUGACUAAGAGGAGAGCAGUUAAAAUUAGAGAUGUACUCACAACAUCAACAAGCUUAGAAACCGGAACUUUCGAGUUUGCAUCGUUUUUCAAUUUAAAUCAAAUUGCAACAGUUUUCAAUCCAACCUUCAAUAUGGACAAUUUUGUUAAUUCGACAUGCAUUGACUUCACAAACAAUGGUGGAUCAAACUUUUUAAUUCAUCUGGGCCCAAGGUGUUUGAAAAUCGAAAAAAACUUGAAAUAAAUGUAAUUUUUGUAAAAUU